CUCGCUAUAAAUACAGGUUGACUCCUUGUCCUCUUUCUUUAUUUGGCCCUCCUCUGGAAACUAGGAGCCGCCGUCUCUUCUCUGAAGCAUUUGCCCAAAUACCAGGAACGAGUCAGUUGCAUAAGAGAGGCUGUAAACUUGCCAUCAUAUCAAAAAAUCGGAGCAAGCGCACGGAGCGUUACGCACGGUUGGAUACACCUCUCCAUGCGCCUCGUGAACACUUCACAGCCUCUCUGGUGAGCUGCUGAGAUCUAACCGAGAUGUUCCCACUGCCCAUGUUCACCCCGGACCAGGUGGCUCGGGUGUGCGAGAACCUGGAGGAGACCGGGGACAUUGAGCGCCUGGGCAGGUUCCUCUGGUCCCUCCCCGCCGCCGUGCCGGGCUCCGCGGGGGAGGCGCUGAACCGACACGAGUCUGUGAUGCGAGCGAGAGCGCUGGUCGCCUUCCACGGUGGGAACUUCGAGGCUCUCUACCAGAUCCUCCAGAGCCACCGGUUUACGCGCGAGUCGCACGCCAAGCUGCAGGACCUGUGGCUGGACGCGCACUACCGGGAGGCGGAGAGGCUCCGGGGGCGGCCGCUGGGCCCCGUGGAGAAGUACCGGAUCCGCAAGAAGUUCCCUCUGCCCCGCACCAUCUGGGACGGCGAGCAGAAGACGCACUGCUUUAAGGAAAGAACUCGCAGUUUGUUGAGAGAGUGGUAUCUCCAAGAUCCGUAUCCCAACCCGUCCAGAAAACGCCACCUGGCCCAGGCCACGGGGCUCACGCCCACACAGGUCGGCAACUGGUUCAAGAACCGCCGCCAAAGAGACCGUGCUGCAUCAGCAAAGAACAGAAUGCAGCAGGACCCUUCCCUCCUGCCCUCGGAGAGCUCACCUGACGGCUCCCUUCAAGAGCGCCGCCAUCACCCCCACUUGUUGCCUCCGUCCCCUCGCCACCUGGGCAGCCCCGAGGCCAGCGACUGUAGCACAGAGAACGAGCGCAGAGGAACAGGAGCCUCCACCCCAGAGAUCUCCGUCAGCAGCGACAGCGAGUUCGAGUCCUGAGACGAUGGACUCUUUUCAUGGACUCGUUCCAUCUGUCAUUAGGCGUGUUAAAGACACUUGAACUGGCUGUGGACACACUGGAGAUGUUCUCAGUGGGAGGAGGACGAGGAGUGGACGCUGUACGGCAAUGAUAUGCAAAAACAACAUGCACUUAAAAAAGCACCAUGGCACGUGACCUCAACUGUUAUAUGAAUUAGUUUACUGCCGACCAUGGUCUUUAGUUAAUGUGAAUGUUAAUAUUUUCAGUUUUGAUACUGGCUUCAGUAAAUAUUUUUGGAUAGAUCAUUUUCUAAUAGUCAUUAUCUAAGCUACAGGAUUCAAUUGUAUGGAAAUCAUGAGGACACAACGAACAAUGCCUUGAGUAGGCUAUUAAUAAAUGUGACUACAUUUACAUGCACAUUAAUAACUUGAUUAUCUUCAGGUUACGGCAAAAUAUGCCGACUGUGGAAAGUGUUAAUCGCCUUGUUUCAAACAUUAAACAUUAAAUUAACUGUCAGCAUAAGGAUAACCUAGAUGCAUGUUCAAAUAAAUGUCCAAAAUCCACAUAUUUAAAGGCAAUAGCAAAACAAUUUGUUGGCAACCUAUGAUAAUGUUUAAAAUUGCACUGUCUUUACCUUAAUCUUGUUAUUCAAUGUGAUCAGGUUAUGAUGUGCAUGUAAACAUAGUGAACAAUUAAACACAUCUCACUGCCUUAAAAAGGAACUAAGGGCAUCACUCUUUUAACAAUGCAAAAACUAAUAAUAAUUUAAGUUUAGACAGACUUAAUGUAACUAAUGAUGCACACGUGCUGCUUAAAAUACAAAGCAUUUUGUUACCAGCUGCGUUUUACCUGUUCACUUCUCUUUUUGGUUACUGUGUGAAAUACGUAGGGCUUUUUGUAAACGCUCCUGAGCUGCUCUGUUGAUAAAUUCCCGCAGGAGCUAGAAGCAGAAAAGAUGAGACAGCGAGAAUGUAAAGCACUGAUCGGUCUUAACUCAAUGUGCCUAUUACAUUUGAGAACAGUGAGACCUGGUCAGAUAUGACUGUGUUGCACGUCAGAACGACAAGCUCAAAGGUCUACUGUUUGCUGUCUUCCUUACAACCAUCACUUCUCAGAACACAUCACUGCAUUUCAAUGAAAAGAUGUAUUUUGUUAAUGUUUUGUGUAAAUAAAUGAACCUAUUUUUAUCCAAA